GUUGAGAAGAAGCCGAAGUGGGAAAGAGGGGGCGUCUCUUCUUUAAAGCCUUGAGAGAUUGAGAGAGAAAGGAAGUCGGGAAGGAGUCGCACUAGGUCCGCCGGUCUCUGGGAAGGGAGAAUUCCUCUGCUUCACAGUGGGUUUGCACUGGGGGACAGACAGUCGUUGGCCUCAGACCAGAGAGGGUGAUCCGACCAGGUCACCCAGUUAAAACUCGGUGCUUGGUGUUCUCCGUCUUCUACCGCUCUCUACUCGGGAAUGUCUCGGCGAAAGCAGCGGCGACCCCAACAGUUAAUCUCGGACUGCGAAGGUCCCAGCGCAUCUGAGAACGGUGAUGCUAGCGAGGAGGACCACCCCCAAGUCUGUGCCAAAUGCUGCGCCCAAUUCUCUGACCCGACAGAAUUCCUCGCUCACCAGAACGCGUGUUGUACUGACCCACCCGUGAUGGUGAUCAUUGGGGGCCAGGAGAACCCCAGCAACUCUUCAGCCUCCUCUGCACCCCGGCCAGAGGGACACAGUAGGCCCCAGGUCAUGGAUACAGAUCACAGCAAUCCCCCAGAUUCUGGGUCUUCUGGGCCCCCUGAUCCUACCUGGGGGCCAGAGCGGAGAGGAGAGGAGUCUGCAGGGCAUUUCCUGGUCGCUGCCACAGGUACAGCGGCUGGGGGAGGUGGGGGCCUGAUCUUGGCCAGUCCCAAGCUGGGAGCAACCCCAUUGCCUCCAGAAUCUACCCCUGCACCCCCUCCUCCCCCACCUCCCCCUCCACCCCCAGGUGUAGGCAGUGGCCACUUGAACAUCCCUCUAAUCUUGGAAGAGCUGCGGGUGCUGCAGCAGCGCCAGAUCCAUCAGAUGCAGAUGACUGAGCAAAUCUGCCGCCAGGUGCUGCUACUUGGCUCCUUAGGGCAGACGGUGGGUGCCCCUGCCAGUCCCUCAGAGCUACCAGGGACAGGGACAGCCGCCUCCUCCAAGCCCCUACUGCCCCUCUUCAGUCCCAUCAAGCCUGUGCAAACUGGCAAGACACUGGCACCGUCCUCUUCCUCCUCUUCCUCCUCUUCCUCCUCCUCCUCCUCAGGGGCAGAACCGCCUAAGCAAGCUUUCUUCCACCUUUACCAUCCACUGGGAUCGCAGCAUCCCUUCUCUGUUGGAGGGGUUGGGCGAAACCACAAACCCACUCCUGCCCCCUCCCCCGCCCUGCCAGGCAGCACAGAUCAGCUGAUUGCCUCACCUCAUCUGGCAUUCCCAGGCACCACAGGACUCCUGGCAGCUCAGUGUCUUGGGGCAGCAAGGGGCCUUGAGGCUGCUGCCUCCCCAGGGCUCCUGAAGCCAAAGAAUGGAAGUGGUGAGCUGGGCUAUGGGGAAGUGAUCAGUUCCUUGGAAAAGCCUGGUGGAAGGCACAAAUGCCGCUUUUGUGCCAAAGUCUUUGGCAGUGAUAGCGCCCUGCAGAUCCACCUUCGUUCCCACACUGGUGAGAGGCCCUACAAGUGCAACGUCUGCGGCAACCGCUUCACUACUCGGGGCAACCUCAAAGUACAUUUCCACCGGCAUCGCGAGAAGUACCCACAUGUGCAAAUGAAUCCACACCCAGUACCAGAGCACCUAGACUACGUCAUCACCAGCAGUGGGUUGCCUUAUGGAAUGUCUGUGCCGCCGGAGAAAGCGGAAGAGGAGGCAGCCACACCAGGUGGAGGUGUUGAACGCAAACCUCUGGUGGCUUCCACCACAGCACUCAGUGCCACAGAGAGCCUGACACUACUCUCCACCGGCACAAGUACAGCCGUGGCUCCUGGUCUCCCUGCUUUCAACAAGUUCGUGCUCAUGAAAGCCGUGGAGCCCAAGAGUAAAGCUGAUGAAAAUACUCCCCCGGGGAGUGAGGGCUCAGCCAUCCCUGGAGUAGCGGACAGUGGCGCAGCAACACGAAUGCAGCUGAGUAAGCUGGUGACAUCCCUGCCGAGUUGGGCACUGCUUACUAAUCACUUGAAGUCAACUGGAAGUUUCCCCUUCCCCUACGUGCUAGAACCCUUGGGGGCCUCACCUUCUGAGACAUCAAAGCUACAGCAGCUGGUAGAAAAGAUUGACCGGCAAGGAGCUGUGGCAGUGGCCUCUACUGCCUCGGGAGCUCCCACCACAUCUACCCCUGCACCUUCGUCCUCAUCUUCGGGACCUAACCAGUGUGUCAUCUGUCUCCGGGUGCUGAGCUGUCCUCGGGCUCUACGCCUGCAUUAUGGCCAACAUGGAGGUGAGCGGCCCUUCAAGUGUAAAGUGUGUGGCAGAGCUUUCUCCACCAGGGGCAAUUUGCGCGCACAUUUUGUGGGCCACAAGACCAGUCCAGCUGCCCGGGCCCAGAACUCCUGCCCCAUCUGCCAGAAGAAGUUCACUAAUGCUGUCACUCUGCAGCAACAUGUUCGGAUGCACCUGGGGGGCCAAAUCCCCAAUGGGGGUUCCACGCUCCCUGAAGGUGGGGGAGCUGCCCAGGAGAAUAGCUCUGAGCAAUCUACAGUCUCUGGACCAGGGACCUUCCCGCAGCAGCAAUCCCAGCAACCAUCACCAGAAGAAGAGUUGUCUGAGGAUGAGGAUGAGGAUGAGGAAGAGGAAGAUGUGACAGAUGAAGAUUCCCUAGCAGGAAGAGGCUCAGAGAGUGGGGGUGAGAAGGCCAUAUCAGUGCGAGGUGACUCAGAAGAGGUAUCUGGGGCAGAGGAGGAAGUGGGAACCGUGGUCGCAGCACCCACCAUUGGGAAGGAGAUUGAUAGUAAUGAGAAAGCCACUCAGCAAUCUUCUCAGCCACCACCUCCACCUGACAACCUGGAUCACCCCCAACCCAUGGAGCAGGGAACCAGUGAGGUUUCCGGAGGCAUAGAAGAAGAGGCCAAACUGGAGGGGAACCCAAGCCCCAUUGCAGCACUCACCCAAGAAGGGGAGGGCACCAGCACCCCUUUGGUGGAGGAGCUGAACUUACCGGAAGCCGUGAAGAAGGAGCCAGGAGAGGGCAGCAGCAGAAAUGUCUGUGAAGUGUGUGGCCAGACCUUUCCUACCCAAACAGCUCUGGAAGAGCAUCAGAAGACCCAUCCUAAGGAAGGGCCACUCUUCACUUGUGUUUUCUGCAGGCAGGGCUUCCUUGACCGUCCUACCCUCAAGAAGCACAUGCUGUUGGCUCACCACCAGGUACCACCCUUUGCACCCCAUGGCCCUCAGAAUAUUGCUACUCUUUCCUUGGUCCCUGGCUGUUCUUCCAUCACUUCUCCAGGGCUCUCCCCGUUCCCACGGAAAGAUGAUCCCGCCAUCCCAUGAGCCUGUCUUCUGUACCCAGUCCCUUAUGACCCAGGGCACAGAAAUAGAGCUCCAUAGAAGGACCUUCAAGAUUUACUCAACCUUCUCAAGUUUUGACAUGAUGUUUCUAGUGGCUUCUCUCUAGACCCUGAGCUUAAAAGUUGCAUUUAAAAGGGAAUGCCCUCUAAGAAAUUUGUAUCACCUUUUUGUUCUUUGUAACUAAGGAAAACAGAUUCUCUCAAGCUUUCACAUUCUCAAGGGGAGCCCUCUCCUCUUCUCCCUUUCCCGUUGGCAGGUACACCAGAAAGAACAUCUUUGGAAAUGGCAGCCUUGCUCAAAGGGGAUAGCAGCUGCCUGUGGAGGGAGGGCCCUGUGCUACUCCUUGGUGACCUUGGCCACGUCACCCUGCAAAACUUCUUGUGCCAGGACCUUCUUGAGAAGCUUGUGAUGGGUGGGUUGCUUACCUUUCUGUAAGCAGUACAGUUUUUCCUGUCAGAUGGCCUAGGCCCCAAGCCCUGGAGCUCCAGAUCCACCUGCAUUACCACUUCAGCCCUCACACCAUCAUUGCUAGUAAGCCCGGGAACUGCGCUGGAGGAGAUGACUCCAACAUGAUCCAGAGAGGCAGAGGAGAACACAGCCUCUCCUAUUUCUGCCCCCUGUCUCCAAGCUGGUGCCUACCAAGCACACCAGAGAAAAGAAGUAACAAACUAUAGCUUCUUUCUCCUUGCCCCCUGCUCCAGGCAAUGAAGAUACUCUAGUGAUUGGUGGCUCAACCCUAGAAGGUAGGGAAGAAUGAAGGAUUGGGAUGCUUUUUCAGUAUGUCCCUUGACUUGUUACAUCAAGGCAAAGAUAUUGACUGGUCAGGGUACAGGGAGUCCUUCGGCUCCUCAUGUAUCAUGGCCUCCUAACCAAGAAGCAAAUUUCUUGGCAAGAGGUCUCCCAUGGCAUAUUUUAGGGAGUAUAAAGUCCAUAACUUUAAAGAGCCUUAUUGGUGAGGGUGGUUAAUGAAGUAAGGAUGAAUUGAGCGUUGCUAAAACAGGGAUUCUGGGAACCUAUUUGGUGAAGAAUGGGGUGCGAUGCAAGGGAGAGGAACUUCAGCUCUUGUGAAUAUGAACAUUCUCAUGGAUGUUCCUUUGGGCUGAUGGUGACGUGGUGUUGCAGCACCAGGGGUCAGGGGGACCUCCUGGCACUAGAAUGCUUUUAGUUUUAGAUGACUUCCUAUUUUAUUCCCUUGCCCCUUAUAUGUCCCUCAUCUUCUCAAAACCUCCUUUCCUCCCCAAUUUUGCCUGAUCGUGGACCAGAGCUUAUGUCUUAAUUUUUUUUGUCUGCUUCUAAGAGUCCCAGACAUUGAGAGACAAGCUUCAAAUGGUUCCUCCUUGCCUCUGUCUUGUAGUGAAAUGUAGUAUUUACUCUUAACAUAGGAUCCUGGGAGCCAGGAGUUCUGAGGAGGAGACUGGAUUUUGCUGUUAGUUGAUGUCAAUGAUGAUUCUAAAGUAGUGGCUCCAGAGCUCCCUAACACAGUGAAAUGUGUAAGAGCAGAGAGGGGAGAUAGUAGUGUCUUUCCCUUCCUCAUUAAAGGCAUUUUGGCCAAGUA